AUGGCCCUGUGGGCUCGGCAGGCCUGUCGCUGGCCUUGCCUCUUGCAAACGGCCCGCGCUGCUGAAUUUCCUCGGAGGCUGAGAGGCUGCAGCAGCACGGGACGGGCAUGUCGUGGGUUCGCCCCUCUGGCUUUGUUGCCCUCUAGAAAUGACUUUAUUGCAUGGAGGUUGCAGGCAUACAGGCAUGUAUCUGUAGGAAGCUGUUAUCCAUCCGACAGUGCCAAGGAUGGAUCUUUUUCGUCUCUUGGAGGUAACUUGCCUUCACCAGUAAAUCAGGAACAAGCAAAAGCAGAGACAUUACCUGAUCUGAAUCCAAAAAUACUGUAUGAAGACUGGGAUGACAUCCCACCUUCAUCUGCUUUGGCGGAGAUUUCUGAGGAAGAAGCCAUACAGAUCAUUGCAGAACCGAUUCUUCCCCUGAAGUCUUCCACACUCCGCGAUUACGUUGAUCACUCAGAAACCCUGGCGAAACUUGUCCACCUAGGAGUUGACUUAUCACAAGUGGAGAAACGUCAAAAGGCAGGUCAACUCCUACUGACACUGGACUUUGAAAAAGAUAUGAGAAAAAUACUUCUGUUUCUUAAGGAUGUGGGUGUAGAAGACAAUCAGCUGGGACCAUUCCUGACCAAAAAUCCAUACAUCCUUGCUGAAGAUCUGGAAGCUUUAGAAACCAGAGUGGCUUACCUAAAAUCAAAAAAAUUUGGAAAGCCAGAAAUUGCUCAUAUGGUCUCAAGAGCUCCGUAUUUGCUGUUGUUUUCAGUGGAAAGGCUGGAUAACAGACUGGGUUUCUUCAAAAAUGAACUUGGUCUCAGCGUAAAGAAGACAAAGGAUCUGGUCAUUCGUCUUCCAAGGCUACUGACUGGCAAAUUAGAGCCUGUAAAAGAAAAUCUUCAGGUUUGUCAGAUUGAACUUGGUUUUCAACGCAAUGAAAUUCAACAGAUUGUGUUCAAAACCCCCAAGAUUUUAACUGCAAGUAAAAAGAGACUCAGACAGACAUUUGACUAUUUACACAACAUAAUGGGCAUUCCUCACCACAUGCUUACUCGCUUUCCUCAGGUUUUCAACUCAAAGCUAUUACGAAUCAAAGAGAGACAUACAUUUCUCGCAUUCUUGGGAAGAGCCCAGUAUGACCCAGCACAGCCCAGCUAUAUCUCUCUGGACCAGCUAGUAUCCUUGCCUGAUGAGGUGUUUUGUACAGAGAUUGCAAAAGCUUCUAUACAGGACUUUGAAAAAUUCUUGAAAACACUUUAAUUAGUAACACAUGUAAAAAAGAAAUAGAAUGAAGUUAUUAAAUAAACAUAUUGUAUUAAACUAC